AUGGCCAAGCGCCUUUUGGUGGCUGUCGCUCUCUGGGCUCUUGGGGGUCCAGCUGGGCUCCACCAUCUCUACCUGGGCCGGGAUAACCACGCCCUCUUGUGGAUGUUGACUUUGGGGGGCUUUGGAGUAGGGUGGCUGUGGGAGCUGUGGCUGCUGCCUGGCUGGGUGGCACGGGCCAACAGUACCUCGGAAGUUCACAGAGACGGACGCCCACCUCUGAGCCCCGUGCGCUUCCUUGGUCAGGCCUUAGUAGGCAUCUACUUUGGAUUGGUGGCCCUCAUUGGUCUCUCAACCCUGCCUGGUUUCUACUUAGUGGCUCUGCCCCUGGCUGUGGGCCUUGGGGUUCACUUGGUGUCCGAAGUGGGUGACCAGUCCUCAGACCUGCAGGGCACUUUGACAGCUGCCUUCAUAACCGCACCUGUCUUCCACGGUCGUUCUGUGGCCAUCUUGCCCAUCAGUCUCACAACUAGUGUGGUGGCCCACCGGCAUCGGUGUUACAAAGCCGGCAGGGGAACCAGUGAGAAACUGAGCAUCCGGCUGUACCGAUUAGGCUUGGCCUACUUGGCUUUCUCGGCACCCCUGGCCCACUGUGCUUUCUCCAACACAGCUGCCACUGCCAAUUAUGUAGCCAGUGCUAUUGGAGCCGUUCUGGAUUGGGCCAGCGUAUUUCCAUCCCUGAGCGGCAUACUGGAAUCAAUGCUCCUCCUGCCCUACCGUGCCUGGAAGACUCUGGGCUUUGGUGGCACCUACUUCCAGGAGUGGGAGAAAGUGUUUGCGUUUGUACAGUCUUUCCAGAGCGAGAGGCAGCAGAUGGCAUACAAGAUCUUAGGACUCCACAGUGAUGCCACACUUGAUGAAAUCAAUAAAAGCUACCGGGAGCUGGUAAAGCACUGGCAUCCAGAUCAUAAUCCACACCGGGCAGCUGAGGCUGAGAGACGUUUUAUUGAGGUUCAGGCUGCCUAUGAACUUCUCACACAGAUGAAGAAACCAAAACCUGCACGAUGA